AUGGGUCUUACUGUAAGUCAAUUUGUUGAGGUUGAAAAACAAGAGUCUCAUUCAAAACUAUUUUCAGUUCGAUGACGCUGCCGCCAAAGUCAAGACACUCAAAACUUCACCAUCGAAUGAGGAACUCUUGGAAUUGUAUGCCCUCUUCAAACAGGUUAGGAUUUGUCAUAGUUAGUAGAAAAACACUGUACAGAAUCUUUCACAAGUCACACUGUACAUUUUUUCCACGAAAAUGUGUAGUUUUCAUUGAUUUUCGGAGAAUUUUGAUAACAAAUUUGAAAAGAAAAUCAAAUUUCCACGAAUUUUUGAAACAAAAAAAUCUACAACACAAGUCAAUUUUGGACACCAUUUGUGGGCCUAUUUUGUUUUAAAAAAUCAUAAUAAUUUUUGACAUGAAAAUAAUUAUUCCGGUUUCUUUUCGGAUGAUGCAAUCCUUGUUUACAUGUGCACAUUGCCUAUCUAAAAAUUCAAACCCCCUAAAUCAGAAAAAGUACAAAGUGAUUUUCUUGUCUUCCAGUUUUCUUUCCCACGCUCAAAUUUUGAGCUCUCAAAUUUCUUUCUUUUUUUACAUAGCUUUUUAGUUCCUUAUCUUUUUUCCAUUAAUUUGACAUUCAUUUAUCAAAAGCAGAAUGAAAUAAUCCGUCUAAUGUUUUUUUUCUCACAAAUCAUAAAUCAUGAAAAAAUCAAAGUUAUUUUAUUCAGGGAACUGUUGGAGACAACAACACCGCCAAACCAGGUUUCCUCGACUUGAAAGGAAAAGCCAAAUGGGCUGCUUGGGAUGAGAAAAAAGGAACUUCUCAAGAUGCCGCCAAAACCGCUUAUGUUGCUCUUGUUGAGAAACUUAUCACCAAAUACGGAGUUUAA